GUUAGCAUUGGUAAGCAAUGGAAGGAGUUUCUGGAUUACAGCGACUCGAUUGACUUCAUAUUUCAUGAAGACGCAGAGAGGCACGGCAGAGGUGCCAAGAAUCGUUAUACAGUGUAGUUUUCUUGCUACAAUGGGGGAAUGCAAGAAACAGAAUCUGGACUGGAAAGUUUAUAGACAUUAGCUCUGUUUGUACAAUCAUCUAUCAUAUGAUAAGCUGCCACUUGACAGUUUUAGUCCUGCCUCUUUUUCUAACAACUUGUUUGAAUAGUUGUUAUGUAUCGUUUUCAUAAUGUAUCAUAUCGUAUUGUAUUGUAUCGUUUUGAUGUAUCAAAACAAAUAUUGUAUUUAAAGUAACAAUACGAUACCAUACAAUAGGUAACAACCAUCCAAACAAGAUGUAAAAGAAUAAAAUCUAAGUUGGCAUUUUUCGUUUUUA